AGUAAUCGUACUUUACAAAAUAUUUGUGGUAGUACCACUAAUAAAUGGUAGUACCUUAAGUUAAGUGUAAACUGUGACAAUAACAAAAGAAAACAUGCCAUAAGGAUCAUUUAUUACUGAGUUACAAUGAAAUAAUGAAGAACUAUUUAUGCUGAACCAUCUGUAUUGAAGACAUUUUAGGUUAAGGUUCCUAUGAGAAAUGAAUCUGUGUCCAGAAAGUAUAGAAAUAUUAUCUAUACGUCCCGUUGUUUGUCCCUUGGUGAGAUUAGGUCAGAAAUCUAGUGCGGCUAAUACAGAAAAGACGUCAGAAAAUAAUCAAAUUUUUGCUGCAAAAGAGACUAGUUUACAACCGUUAUAUAUCGACACAUACAGACAGAACACAAGUCCAAGUUACCAAUACAAGCAGCCUCCGGUCAAUCCAUCACAAAAAUUAGAUUAUUUGCAAAACUACUACGAUGAAGACUGUUACACUGAUCAGGGAAACAAUAAUUUAUCUUAUUCAAAUAAAAACACACUUCAACUAUCAUCUUUCUCACAAGAGCAAAACUAUUGGAAAUACAAUAAAAUCAAUAAUACUGACACAGAAAAUCAAAAUGUUUUCGAUAGUCACGAAACACAGCAAAGUAAUUGUCUCCUUGACAACUUCACCAGGUUAGGAAAAUCCAGUCCCAGUCUUGACCAAGGCUAUCACACAUUAGUAACCCAUAAUCCAAGUUUGAUUACUCCUAAUUUUUGGGAUACAAAUUUGUACAAGGGCAAAAAGUAUCAAACGAAAAACAAUUCCUUCGAUAAAUUACCCGAUGAGUUAGUUGUAAAAAUAUUUUCAUACUUAACUAGUGUAGACAUUAGCUUUUGUGCUCAGGUAUGCAGAAGAUUUGAUAUUCUAGCCUGGACACCAUCAUUAUGGAGGGUUAUCGUAAUUGAGAAUGAUAAUAUAAGUGGUGACAAGGCUAUCAAAGGUGUUUUGAGGCAAUUGUGUGGACAAGGAAAAACCGGAGCUUGUCCUAGUGUAGAAAGAAUCCAUAUUACUAAUGGUGCUAAAAUAUCGGAUAAAAGUUUGUUGUUGCUAGCUAGACGAUGUCCAGAAUUAACUCAUUUACAGUUACAAGGAUGCAGUAAUCUAACUAAUAGUGUAGUAUUUGAAAUUGCUACCAAAUGCAAUAACUUACAGCAUCUAGAUAUUACAGGUUGCUCUAAAAUAUCGUGUAUAAAUGUAAAUAAUGGGUUAGAACCACCGAGAAAAUUGCAACUUCAAUAUUUAGAUUUAAGUGAUUGUAUCGCUGUGCAAGACAGUGGAUUGUUAAUAAUUGUAAGGAAUGCUCCACAGUUAGCUUAUUUAUAUUUAAGGAGAUGUGUUCAAAUUACUGAUGCUGGUCUGAAGUACAUUCCAAGUUUUUGCUCUGGAUUAAGAGAGCUCAGUGUUAGUGAUUGUUCAAACAUAACCGAUUUCGGUUUGUACGAAUUAGCAAAAUUGGGUGCUACUCUAAGAUACCUUUCGGUGGCCAAAUGUGAUCAAGUUAGCGAUGCAGGAUUGAAAGUUAUUGCGAAAAAAUGUUACAAACUGAGGUACUUAAAUGCAAGAGGCUGUGAAGCUGUUUCCGACGAUGCUAUUAAUGUUUUGGCCAGAUCGUGCAUGAGGCUUAGAGCUCUUGAUAUCGGAAAGUGUGAUGUGAGUGAUGCAGGAUUGAGAGCCCUUGCAGAGAGCUGUCCAAAUUUAAAGAAACUCAGUCUUCGGAAUUGUGAUUUGGUUACUGAUAGAGGAGUUCAAUGCGUGGCUUAUUAUUGCAGAGGACUGCAACAGUUGAAUAUUCAAGAUUGUCAGAUAUCCUUGGAGGGAUAUAGAGCUGUUAAAAAGUAUUGUAAAAGAUGCGUGAUAGAACAUACUAAUCCCGGAUUUUUUUAAUCUGC